CCUGCUGUAAACGGAUCUCUGAAAGAAAUUCAAGCUAUUUCUGCUCGAGGAAAUAAAGAUAGCUUACAGCAAAUACUCAAUUCAAAAUACAUAAGCCACCUAGAUUUUCGACUUUUCAAGGAAGUAAGAUGCUUGAAUGCUUUAGAUUCACUUCUUUACAACUCUUCCCUCACACAUAUUUUAUGGGGAAAUGGACCUCUUCCCGUUUACCUUCCAAUUGGACUUAAGCACUUGUAUGUGUACCCGGAGUAUUGCAAUGAUUUAAGAAAGCCAAUUGCUGUAAAAAAUAUCAGCCUGAUGCCUCAUUUAAUUUCCCUUUCUGCUCCCCUCUGUGUAUUUCUUCAGAAUGAAAAAAAUGUAUCAAAAAAUUAUGGAAAAUUUGUUAAAAAUUUCACUGCGCCAGCAGAAAAGAGGAAUGACACUAAUCUGGCAACAACUUACAAAUCAAAUGAUCACAGAAUAACUGAUAAAAAUGAAGACCAAGGUCUGGAAAGACAUCACUUUCAAACUUCAGUAAUUAAGCCACAAGAUUCUAGUCUUCUAGCACAAUUUGCAUUACGCACUCCAAAUUUAAAGACACUGGAAAUCAAAGAUUGUAUAAGAUUAUGUAACCAAAUGACAUCAUUGGAAGACCUAGGAUCAUUGCGGUACAUUAGUUAUUGGACAAAACUUGAAUGUCUUUUCUUGGCAAGUUUACCAGCAGAACUUUCCAGCUCUCUUAUCCAAAUUGGUCUUUGUUGCCCCAAACUUCAAAGACUUGGAUUGCAUUUCAUUGGUCCCAACUCUCACUUGGAUCAUUGUAUAAUCAGGGAUGUUGUUGACAUGGUAACAACUCUAACUCAGUUGAAAGAUUUCAGGUUUUGUUCGCGCAGUUUAGUUCUCUGGGCCCAAAUAGAUGGACAGGCUAAAAUCUUUAAAGAAAACUUCCCUAAAAUACAUUAUGAAGAAAUGAUAAAUCCUGCCCAAAUAAAAAUUGUACCACCUGUGGAAGAG